UCUCAUUAUUAUCCAUGAUGAAUUCAUGGCAAUGAAAGAGUUUAAUUACCACUAUAUCAAAAAUUAAUACAUAGAAAAAGUUGUUGCAAUGGUCCAAAAGACUGUGUUGAAGGUCAACAUAUCAUGCAACAAAUGCAAGACCAACAUCUUCAAAGCUGUAUCAGGUUUACCAGGGGUUGAUAAAGUGGAAGUGGAUGGCGCAAAGGGAACAAUAAGUGUGACAGGUGAUGCAGAUCCAUAUGAGAUAAUAGUGAAAACAAGGAAAGUUGGAAAAUUUGCAGAAGUGGUGAGUAUCGGGCCUCCUCCAAAACCGCAGGAGAAAAAGCCCGAACCGAAGAAGCCCGAAGAGAAAAAGGCAGAGCAAAAGCCUAUUGAACAUAUUCAUCAUACACCCUUCAUAUGCCCACUUUGUGAGAGGAUUCCGAUUUACCCCAUCACCCAUUGGGAACAACAACCUACUACACAAUGCAACAUCCUGUGAUUAUUUUCUUCCGUGUGUCCCGCUUUGAUUCAACGCGAAUUUUGAGAAUUAUGAAUGAAAAAUGGUGAAAAAAGUUAGCAGAAUGUGAA